UUUGCCAAAUCAUAUCCUAGAAUAUAAACUAUCCUCUUAAUACAAUAGGAUCACACUUAAGCAUACAUCUAGUUUCAGUGGAACUUGAGCAUGUACAUAUUUAUACAUGUGCUCAAUUAGGGAUCUGAAGAAGGAUGCUUUCUUGAGUGGAAAAAUAGAGAAAUGGCUCUUACAAGGCUUAGAAAGGGAGGCAGAGUUGAAAAAUAAUGGUAUGCAGCUGAUGUAAAAAUGAAGUAGUAAUACUUCAUUUCAAUGGAUCCCACAAAAAUCCCAAAUGAACUGAGUUUCCACUUAUGUCAACUAUCUCUUAAGCAUAAUUGAACUCAAUUAUAUCACUGCUUUGCCCAUCUAUGCCUUCUGACAAGCAAGGUAAAGCAUUUUUAACCCUGGCAUGGAGAAACAUUGCGUGCAAUGAUGUCUCCCUACUUUCCCCUUGUAUGUCUCCCAAGAUAGCCUGUAGAGUAGAGUACUGUGCUUAUGGAUCUGGCAACACGUGCAUCACACAACUUGUUUUUAUGAAAUUAUUGUAACAUAGCCAAAACAUUUGUGCUGAAGUAUGGAUUUUCAGUGUCUUCAUCGGUGCAAAUAUAAAGCUUCAUUAAUGCAUGUUGACAUAGUCUUAUUAAAAUACGAAUUAUCAUUGCCUUUGGGACAGGGAGGAGGGAGGCAUGUCACAAUAACAUGUAGAAACUUUCCGGGGUUCUUUUUAAUGCAGAUUUUUACACAGAUAUGGCUAUGAAUAACUUGAACAGCCUUCUGAACUUGAUUCCGUGUUAAAAAUUAAGUCAUCUUCCUGUUUUUCUGUUUCGGUAAAGUAAAAUUAUUCAUACAAAGAAAUGUCAGUAGUGCCAGUCUUGUAAUUUGUUUUCGGUUUUAAUAACAUUAAUAUGAUGCUUGACUCACUGUUUGUCAUGUAUACAGAUAGCUCAUAUAGAGUGUGUGUGUGUAUUUGAAAUUCUGUAGGUCUCUUGAGACAGUAACAGCUUUUCUGUAGUUCUAGUCUGCAGACAUUUAUAUAUGCUACCCUCUCAAGAGAGAUAUAAUAUUUUAAAUUAUGCAAAUGUACACACAUGCAUAUUUAUACUUGCCAGAUAGGCCAAGGGUGUAAAUUGACAUCAUAGAUACAUGUGUGGAAAUUGCUUACACACUGGGCUGUAAGUUACUGUACAAACAAGUUCGUCCCUGUCACCUUUUGUUUGCCUGUUGCACAAGGAAGAGAAGCAAUUUCACACAGUAUGAUCAGUAAAGAGCAGCUCUGGACACAAUUCUAUGCAGAUGGCCAAAAAAAAAAGUGUCUAGCCGGUGACUGUAAAAUAGUAACUUGUAACAAACAGUAAUCCAAUCCUGCUGCAUAUUUGUUGCCGCCUCCUUUUCACUGCUUCACUCUGAACCUCUUUCGAUAGCAGCGUUGCAUCUUUACGCUCAGUUUUGUCACACCUUGUUUUCAUUUAUGAUCAUGUCUGUGUGAGUACAGAAAAGGCAGCCUCAUUGGAACACAGAUAAUUUUUUUUAAAAGGUGUUUCAAAGAUCCUAGAUGUUUUAUUUUGGUGCUCACACACUAGCAAUUUUAACCAAAGCACUGAUAAAGAGCAAAAAGAAGCAUGAAAUAAUGCUAUGACAAAUGCUAACUCCUGGGAAACAACAAAAAAUAUUCAGUGAUCAGCACAUGACUAUUUGUAUUGAAAAGUAAGGUUAAUAUCACCCCAUUACUUCUGGCCCAGAGCUCUCUUGAUCAUGUUUGAAGAGUCACGUUUGUCUUGGAACGCUUGGAGAAUUGACAAGGAACAGCUUCAAACGACAUUUGCUUUGAUGUUUGCAUAUGCAUAAAAUUGAAAUUCAAGUGUGUAUGCGUGUGUUAUACUAAAGCACAUAGCUAAUGGAUUACGUUCAUGAUUUCUUGUUAAAAUGUUAGCAAUAUCUUUGAUGGACAAGAUGCAACACAGCCUUUACUGUGCAGAAUUUAGGGUCUAAACAGACAGAAGUGCAGAAGGUAGGGUAAAUCAGAAAAUUCCAGAGGAGGAGAUUAAUACUAUUUGGCAGCAGCUUUUAGUAGAAAUCGAUCAGAAUGGGUUGCUGGGGUUCGUGUGGGUUUCUGUUGGUUUUGUGUGUGUGGUUUUGGUGGAUUUUUUGUUGUGUUUGGUUUUGGUGUUUGUUUCUUUGGUUUUUUACAGUAGGAAAGAUGGAAGAUGUGGCCCUUUGGGGAAGAAAUAUGAAUUAGCAGUGGGAUUUCUGGACUAGCAUGUAGAUGAGAAUGAAUGUCUAUCCUGGCAGUAUGCCUGUUAAAAUACCUGAUUUUUCACCAACAGUACUUAUUGCAAUGUUUAGAUCAAUUUUUCUAGACAAUACACUGAAGGAGUGUGGAGCGUUCAGAUAAUAGGCAAAGUCUGAAAGACUUGUAGAAAAAAAAUCGAACUGAACUCAUGUGUUCCAAGAUCAUAUUGUUAUGAGAGAAGAAACAAAUCUUGGGAAAGCAGUUUCAUCGGCAUUCAUAGCAGUAAGCAGCAGCACAGUUCCUGCGAGACCUGCUCCAGAAAUGACGUCAUUUGUCCACCGUGACACAGUAGGCCACUCAGACUGGCACACAAAUACUGAGCAGCUGCCCCACACAAAUCCAGUUUCGUAUCUCUAGCAAAAGAAAGACUCUAGUCAGAGAUAUGAAUGGUUAUUCACCCAUCUGCAGAAAGAAAUGCAGUGUGCCAGGCAGCAAACAGCGAGCAUCACACAUCCACUGAUGAAGAAAGUUAUAAUGGUAAAACCAUGGAGAAUUGUUUUGAUAGGAAAUGGGCAAAGAUUGGGGGUCUGUUUCAUUAAACCCGCUGGUUCCGGUGAGGACAAUGACAAAGUUCACUUCCCAUCUGCAGCUCCGGAUGUCUGUGAAACUUUUGGGUUUUUUCCCUGAUUUUUCUUUCCUAUAAGCAAAGAAUAGCACUGCCACUGAUGCACCAGAGAUGGUCCUUGCUCUGCUUGAGGUCUGAGAGGAAGGGAACUGAAGCGGUGUGAUUGUUCUCUGCCUCUCCGCAGUGCCAUCUGCCCUGGAAAGACUCAGGUUAAAAGUUGUGGCCAUUGCAUUCCAGCGUCUGAAUUUUAGGCUCUAGGAUAUGACAGGCAAGAUAUGCACAGGUCAUCUGAGUUCUGGCAUUUCUCUUAGUUACAUUUUGAACCAAAAAGGGCCGUUGUUAAGAAACAGAAGAGUACAGAGACAUAUUUGAUCCUCUGCCUAGACUGAGCGAAUUAGCUAAAUGGUGAAUAUCUUGCAUUGUGCAACCAUUAUUGUUCAUCAUUGUGACAGGCCGGAAAGAGCAAACAUAAUAAUUAAUACAAGGCUUUGUGAUAAUGGCAUUGUGUCCCAGCUUUAAAUUGUUUAAACUGAGCUUCUCUUUUAUUGAGCAACUCCCUGAUAAUUCUGUUAAAUCUGCAGUUUUGAAUCAGCACUUAAAAUAGAGACAUGUUGUAUCCUCUGGCUGAAGUGGGCUUAGAGGCGGAUAGGGUCUGUGUUUGUAUGUGUGUUACUCUUUCUCCAUCUAUAUCGCUUUAGAGUACUGAUUGUAGAGCAGAGCUAUGCCUGAUUAUUCUUCCUGAAAUGUCAGGUAAAAUUAUCUAGCUAAAUAUUAUUUUACACAUAUGCUACUUAUAGAAAAAAACAUUAGCAAUGUAAUGUUCGGAUAAAUAUAUUGAGUUACUUUUCCUCUGCAUUUUCAGAAAUGCAGGGUUUUGAUCCAGUUGAGCAACAGCCACUAGCAACCUGAUGUGCUUCCUUUUAUGAGGAGAUAGUAGUGCUCAUUUUCAAUAUGAAAAUUGCAAUUUCAGCUUUUAUCCUGAUUUAUCAUGUUUCUCUGGAUUUUCCCCAAUAUAGAGUAAUGUAUUUAGAAGCAUGGAAGAGCAGUGUGUGAGGCAACACACUUCCUCCUCUGUAGCUCUUCCUGGAAAAUGCACUGUAUGUUAGAUCUGCUUUUGAAAACCACAGUCAUCAAAAAAGUAAUAUAUUACAAAGAAAAUUAUCUGAAAAUGUGACUAUUCAUGUAAAAAUAUAUACAUAUCAAGUUUACCUGCAUUUGAUAAUACAGUUCAUGUGUGAUUCAAACAAAAGUAAUCAGUCUUGUUUGUGUUUCUUUUAACAUUGAUUUGCAGCACUGUGAAUGUGUAAUGAACAGAAGCCCAUAGAUGAAGAUAGGCAUACAGAAUUUGUGUUAGGUGCCUUUACUAAAACUGAGGGCAUGCCCUUAAUGGACAGCCUCACAUUAGAGGUAGAGAGGAGAUUGCCACCUUCAGGGAUGAAUAGACCACAAGACAUGACGCACAUGGCAACUCCAUAUAGGUAAGGGGUGAAAUGUCAUCUGCUAAACACGCUCAGAGAUAAUUUAGUAAAUCUUAUAGCAGUAACAAGCAUUUCCUGACCUUCCACCGCUGCCUAUGCCUUAAUUCCUUCUUACUUCAUUCUUGUAAUGUGUAACAUAUAACCUAUAACCUACCCUUUCCUAGGUGACUUGAUGCUUCCGUUGCUUCCCUUCACCUUAUUUUAACCCCUUGUAGCUUUUUUGGCUGUUUUCCUAAACCAUAUAAUUCUGCAUCUUUGAAACUCCCCAUAAAUUGACCUUGUUUGUCAUCUCAAAAUUGUUUUUCUUGCAUUCAAACCUUCUUCCCCUGUACAAGUUUUCUGCUGUGUUCCCUAACAUGCCAUUAGAAACCAUUUUUCCUAAAUUUUCUUCGCUUGCACUUACCUCCCUUUGUCCACUCUAUACAUAAAACUCUUUCAGAUUCAUCACACCACUGCCCUUUCUUUUCUCUGAUUCAAAGCUCUCUUCUGUCAGGAUCUCAAGACUCUGACAUAGCAGCCUUGUAAAUUGUAUUGUGUGCUCAGUUACAUUCAUGCAACAUCAGUAACUCAAUGGAAUUGAGCUCAGUGGCUUUGCACAGGUACAAGCAAGAGUAAGGUUUACAGCGGAGUGUUUAGAAAAGAGAAUAGGCAUUUACUUUGAAGGUCUUUUUUAGUUCCAUUUAGAUCUAGUGCUUAGUGAUGGUGUCACUGCAAGAUGUCUUACAGAUAAUUGGAAUUCAUAGUCCUUAGUUUCCUUUUCUGAGUAGCCAAGUUAAAAUCUUACCAAGUGAAAUGGUUGAGGAUUGCUAUUGGUGGUGAGUGGGAUGCAAAGUUCUUCCAGAACCACUGGUGUGAUAAGCCAGUGGUUCUACCUGGUAUAUUAACAGCAUAUGAGACACAUCUGAGGCGGUAAUGUCUCAUUUGGAUGUGAUACCAAGUCUGUGUGAGCGUAUCAAAUACUACAUUCACACAAUGUUUGAUCCCUAAGUCCUUCAGACUUGAUAUCCUGCCAGUGGGGCUGCCACGAUUUGUGUAUUCAUAAACACUGUCCUUGAGAUCUUGUCUGCUCCUUUCUGCACAACCCAGGGUAUUAAAAGAAGUUUAUCUUUUUGGGUAGGAAGCAGUAUCCUGCAGUUUUUAUGAACUACUAGAUGCUAUUAUAGAGCUUUACUGAUGGUGUGCCCUGCUUGGAUUUAGAUAUUAUGAAGCACAGUUGUUUCCAAGAUUUAAUAAUGUGGUAAUUAAAAUAUUUUUUUUUCAGUAAUAGAGCAUUACCAAAUUAACAGUUAUUUGUGUUAGUCUCCCAGGCAAUUCAAUCUGACUUUUGCUCUAGCAGGGAUUACAGACUUAGGAACUGAAUAAAUGAGGCAAUGACAAAUUUUAGAAGCAUCAAAAAAAAGUUUUUAUUCUAUGAAGCAAACUAAGAAAAGUUUGUGCUAGUGCAUCAUUCUAUCAGCUCUCUCCCUGUUACCCUAAUAAACAGGAAUUUUGCCUGAUAAAAGCCUUAGUUUGUCCUAAGAAAAUAUUUGCAUCCAAGAUUUAAUUUCUGCUGUCAUUUUCCAAGUUAAUCUCAGAAUAUUGGGUGAAUGAAUCCCUCAAAUUAAGAUUUUCUUGACACAUCUUUAGAACUACAGGUUGCCAUAAGGAAAGCAACAGGAAGACGACUUUUUGUUCCCAACAAAGGUGUUUUUUAAGACACAAGUGGUGUGAUUUGUUCACUUUAUAUUUGCAAAUGUCGUGUCUCAUUUUGCUGAAUCACUAUUGAUUUACACAAGAGGAUCUAGUUUACAGUAUCUUUGUCUAAUGAAUUAUCAAUAUGCCCUAUUGCCAUGUUGCUAAUCAAAAGGCUCAUAACUACUCUGGCCUUGUACUCAAAGUCAUAAGAAUACUUUUAUUGCUGUACUGUACUAUAAAUUGCAUCACUGAAAAUACCAUACAGAGCUUUUUAUUUUAUAAAGUGGGAUUGUUGAAAGCUAGAGGUUUGGGUACAGACAGUGUGAUAUUCUAACACCAUUGCAGUAGAAGGGCAAAACAAGGCAAAACUGCCAUUAGGAAUCACUGAAGUAAGUCAGAAAUUGUGGUCUGAAUCAUAAGGUCAAAAGAAUUUCACCAUGUGGUAGGCAUGUUCUGACACUUAUUUCCUAGAUCUCUCAUUCAAUCCAGUGGGACUAUGUAGGUAGCUUUCAUUUAUCUGAAUACAUGCACUACGUUAGAAAGCAGAUUUGUCCUCAGGAAUCAAUCUUAGAUGUAUAUUUAGAAUGUUUUGUUUGUUUAAAACCAUAAUUGUUAGCAUUUUCAAUUAUUCUGUGAUCUGGAAACUUCUGUUUGAGUUCCACACUUACAGUUUGGUCAUUGGACUUGAUCUUGUGUGUAAAGUUCUGGUUGUUGCUGUGUGAUGUGUAAUUUGCUUUUUUGCAGCCCUCAUUUGGUCUGGUGAAUCCACUUAAAAUUCACUGAGCAGCUGCUUUUCACUCAGUCCACUUUUGUCUUAUGAUCCGUCCAUACAGCAGUGUUCUGUGAAGGCCCUUCAGAAACACUGGAGUGUCUUGGGGUGGAGGGAAACCAUGGAAGUAAAAGUUUCUCAAGUCUUCUACUGCAAUUGUUGCUUCAAACACACAAGAUAUUAAUGGGCAUGACAGAACUUUAGAAGGCAUCUGUAUGGAGGAACACAGCCAGACGUGAUGUGGAUAGCAACAUCUGCAUAAAGUUUUGCGUAAGUGGAGCACAAGAUGGAAAAAUCUAGAGCGAUGGUCAUUUCCUGCUGAGUCAGAAGGCAGCAAAGCUGCUGGAAUGGGAGACAGUGGUUCACAGGAGAUGGUCGCUUUCUGGUCUGUGCUGGAGAAGACACUGCAGUUUGUUUGGAAAAGCAGAAGUGAUCAAAGAGCUUCUAUGACAUUUGUGAAGGAAAGUAUUUCGAUAUGUUUUAAAAACUCUUCUUUCAAAGCACAGUUUAUCUCUUUAGCUGCUUUGCUGUUGGUUUGGUUUUGGUUUGUUUGGUUGGGGUUUUUUUGAGUGAAUUGCUAACAUUUGAGAAUAUGUGGUUGCUAGCAGAGGUAGCACUUUGGAGUGUUUAGUGCAUAAUAUUGAAAGAGGCUUAACAGAUAUGUAAAGAUAACUCUGGAUUAUUUUACAGAAAUAAUUUUAGUAAAUGGGGUUUACCCAAUAUAUUUUUCUAAACAGAAAUCCUAACACAUGGGUAUUUCCAUCCAAACCAGAGAAGUUGGACUGUUUCCUAUCUUUCAGAGAAAACAGACUGAAAAGUCUCCCAGUUGUAUUCCUGCCUCACUAAUUUUAUUUCCCUUUUUUCCACCAGUUUUUGCCUGUGUGGAGAAUAGGCAUUUCUUGUGUUUCCUGCAAGUGAACAUUUGUGAGGAGUUCUUUUUCUUGGAAAAAAUUCCAAGUCAUCUUUUUCAGAUGGGUGCCUGGCUCAGAGUAAAGGACACACAGUGCACGAUCCCUAGCAGAAGCUGAAAAUGGAUGAUGGUUACUGAUGCUUUUCGACCACAUCAUCUCCUCUUUUCCUGUUUUAGAUGAGUGAUACGGUAACCAGGAAAUAGUUCUAAAAUAAGCCUGAGUGACCUCUUAGUCCGCUGCCUCCUCUUUCCACAAGUCUGAAACAUACCAGAAGAAAUGACCAGUCAACUGCCAGAGGAGUCUGUGGAGACCCAAAGCUCAGAUGAGCUUGAGUGCAAGAUCUGUUACAACCGCUAUAACCUGCGACAGAGAAAACCAAAAGUGCUGGAGUGUUGUCACAGAGUAUGUGCCAAAUGCCUUUGCAAAAUCAUAGACUUUGGUGAUUCCCCACAAGGAGUCAUCGUAUGCCCAUUUUGCAGGUUCGAAACAUGCCUGCCAGACGAUGAGGUUAGUAGUCUUCCUGAUGACAACAACAUCCUUCUGAAUUUAGCUUGUGGGGGAAAGGGAAAGAAGUGCCUACCAGACAACCCAACAGAACUGCUGCUGACUCCCAAAAGGUUGGCGUCUCUGGUCAGCCCUUCUCACACGUCUUCUAAUUGCCUGGUUAUAACAAUCAUGGAAGUACAAAGAGAAAGUCCCCAGACUCUGAACUCAACCCCUGUGGUGGAAUUUUACAGGCCUACAAGUUUUGACUCUGUUGCAACUGUGUCCCACAACUGGACAGUGUGGAACUGCACAUCUUUGCUCUUCCAGACCUCAAUUCGGGUGCUAGUGUGGUUGCUAGGGCUGCUGUACUUCAGUUCCUUGCCUUUAGGGAUUUAUUUACUAGUAUCUAAGAAAGUCACCCUUGGGGUUGUCUUUGUAAGCCUUGUUCCUUCGAGCCUUGUUAUUCUCAUGGUUUAUGGCUUUUGCCAGUGUGUUUGCCAUGAAGUUCUAGACUGCAUGUCAUCUUGAUAACAAAUACAGUAAAAUAAGAUGUAUUGCCACAUGUGUAGCAUAGUUGAUUUGUCCUGUCUUUGUAUUCUUAUUUAUUAUUAUUGCUGUCCAUUCCACUAAAUGGAAGCAGUGGCCCUAGAUAUAUGGCCCUUUUAUUUUUAUUUGGCUUCAUUUUUUUUCCUCCUUUUCUAAGCUAAAUAACAGAAAUAAAAUUUAUGUGCUGAUUUUUAAAGGCCGGGUUGCAGAAAGAGGUAAAGCAAAAUUGCCAAACUUGGUGCCAGCUGCUGCCAUUAUUCAUAUGAGUAGCCCUUUGCUUUCUAUUGGCUUGAUCAUGUGAGUCAAGGCUGCAGACCCACCCGAGAAUAAAUGAGUAUAACAGGCACGUGUUAGGUCAAAGUAUAGCAUCUCUUCAUCCACAGCAUCUCAUGUUUUGGAAUAUCUGUUUUUUAUCAUUUAUAGCAAAUGAAAUCACCUUGCUGGUUAAUAUUGCAAGAAUACAAGCUACCAUUGCUUUUUCCAGUUCUUGUUAUAGCAAAAAUAUUUGCGGGAGGUCAGUGGGCACAGCUUUUUUGCAUUCUGUGACAUGGGGGAUCAUUUUUUUUCCCCAUGCUAAAAACAUGUCUCCAAAACACUUUCCCUAAGCAGAAGCCCACUUGUAAUAUAGUUGCAACUCCCUCUGAGAUAUUCCUGCUAAUGAAUACUCCCAGGGACCCAGCCACACUUUUGCUCUUCUGUAGAUGCACAUAUUCCAGUGUGCAUGCACCUGGGGCUUCCCUUCAAGGGUUCAGAGCUCUGCAGACUUCCUUAGCUAUGUUCUUUUAUGCUUGCACUCCCUCCCAGCAUCUCCACCACCACACCAUGUUUCCAACCCAUUGGUCCUCCUAUCAAAUUUCCUCACCAACUUUAUGCACAUCUACUCUAUGGUGGCUACACUGCAGAAUUUGGCUUAUGUGACUUUAGCUAUCAAGAUGGAUUUUUAUUCCCGACUAUUAGGAAUCAGACCUUCAAUGACUAAUACAAAUUUCAGAAAAAUCCCAAAAUGGUUGACUGUUGGGUUUGGUUUUUUGUUGUUGGUUUGUUUUCUGAGUUCACAGAAUGAGUUCUGUUCGGAGGUACUAGGACUUUGAGGUUUCUGUUUAAUGCCUAGUCCUUCAAAAUGUUUAAUAUCUUGAAUUCUCUCUGUCACCAUUGUGAGUUGAUGGCACUCUAGAUGUGGCAAUUGUGUCUUGAUUAGUUGAGUUCGGAGGAAUUACUGAUGAUUUACCUUUCUACAAAUAGAAUCAGGCCCUGUAAGGCUUGCUUGUAUGUUGCAUGGUUUAGGCUACUUUUUGACCUGGAAGAGCACAAAAAUAAGAAAUAUUUAAUGUUUCUGUGUGUGACUAGGUCUAGUUAAUGCCACAGCUGCAAAUUCGUUUUCCUGCGCACAGCAGAGUAAAAACUGAGAAGGAGCAGUUGAGCAGUGCAGCUGUAGUUUUUGGAUCAGGCACAAGAUUUAGUAAUUUAAAGGCAGUGUAAGAGGGAGAGGGGUUCGUUGCAUGAAGACUGAAUGUGUGGCCUAACAAUAAAUUCUCAGAGCAAACUGACUCUGACAAGAAUGAAAAAUGCCAAUGGGAAAAGCAGAGUGUUGUGGUUGUGACUGUCAACAGGAUUUGAAGUCAAGUUGUCCAGUUUUUGUAGAUGGCAUGGAUGGUAACUACAGUUUCUUUCCUAUUGCAAAUAUAGGGAAAAAUGUGGAAAUGUAAAGGUUCUGCUUUUCUUGACACUCGUUUUAUAAUCAUGCCUAUAUAUGUGUGUGUAUGUACAUAUAGACACAUAUUUAAGAAGAAAACUUAGAGCUAAAUUAUAGUUUUCAAGUGUAUGGAGUUAUGGAGCUAUGGACUGAAUGAUAAAGGCAAUGUUUCAGACUUUCCUGUAAUGACUUGACAACAAUUAUAACUAAAAUAUUUUCAGAAUUCCUGGAAAUCACUAUUCCUAAGUAAUUGUUUCUACUCUUUGAGGUAAAGCACAUAUAGUUAGAAGAGGUAUCAUCUCCAGUUCUGGUAUAUUGCAAGACUUGACUCAUCUAUGAACUCAUAUUUUUCAAGUAUCCAACAACAGUCAUGUGAAAAAGCAAAAGAAAUAGAAACCUAUGUGAUUUUAUAGUGCUUCAUAACUUUGUGAAAAGAUUUAUUUGUAGUGUUAGGGAUUUAUAUGUUUUAGGAUUUGUUGAAUUUGUCUGAAUAUAAUGUCUCUAAUAAAGGGCUGCCUAAUAGAGGAAGUAGGUUUUGCAAAUGUGUGACAUAUAUGUGUUACCUCUGUACAACAUGUCUACAGUGCUACCUGUUGUCUUUUCCGUUUGAUUUUUAGUUGAUUUUAGCUGAUUUUAUUUUAGCUCCAGCACCAGCUAUUUUGUACUCUGUUUUAAAACAGAGCCUAAUCUCAGCAGGAUUACAGUGGUAUGAGUUACACAUCACAGCACAAAUAAAUACACCAGUUAUUAUACUUGACUACUUUUAAGACUGCCACCCCGUUAAAUUUAUGCUGUUAUUUUAGACUGUGCUGCAAUACUUACCCACUCAAAAGUGAGAACAUGCAGAAACAUAUUGAUUGUAUAGCUAUUCUGCUGCUCAGCCAGAGCAUAUUAUUACAGCUUUGGUCUCAUAAAAUUUCUGUAUGACUUACAGUAUGGCCAGUGAGAAUUGCCAGGAGGUCUAAAUCUCAAUUAUUUGUGGAGAAGCUAUUUGCCGUGUGACUGAGGCUACAAGAACUUCAGAUAUUACUCUUUCAUUAUUUUUAUUCUCCACCAGCCUUAAGACUUAGAACUGAAAAUUCUCAUGUCCUGUGCAGUGGAAUAACCGCUGAAGUCAGUGCAAAUGGGGCCAGAAUCAAGCCCUGCAUACCUACCUGUCUGCAUUUCCUUCCCUUUCUGUGACUUUUUUCUCUUCUUGGAAAGUAGUGUGGUUGUAAAAUACUGCCUGCAGGCCAAGAUAAUUCCCUUUCAGAGGGAUUUUAUUCCUGCUUUGCCCGCACAUGUAACUCAACCGGGUACAAACUGUUACAGAUUCAUUACUAUAGGAUUAAUGUAGUCCAAGAUUUUUGUGGGUUUUUUUGUUUUGGUUUGGUUUGGUUUUUUACUUCCUGCUUAUCCUAUGGACAAGGAGUGUAUUCUUACUGGCUGCUUAUUCAUAGUGUGAUACAGAGGCAUCCCCGGAGGGCUGGGGCAGGGUGACGCAGUAGAAGUUGCUGGGAAUAACAUAGGAAAAAUGUGCCUAGCUGGACCGUCCUCCGAGCAGGACCCCGUGAGGGACUAAGCUAUCCUGCAAGUGUGACCUGAGUCCAGAGCCGAAAGGUCAAUUAGCAGAGAGUGUGUUAUGUUGGAAAGUAGGGCCUGUGGGUUCAUAAACAGGGAACAGAGUCUGGGCAUGGGCUGUGCUGAGAAGCUGUGCAAAGCAGAGAGGGGUCUAUGCCUGGGUCGAAGGGGCUGUGUUUUAAGUAGGGAGUUUGGGGUAGGGCUGCAAAACAGAGUUUAAUGUUUUUCAUACUGACCCUUCUGAGCUUUAAAAUUAAUUUGGUAAUUAAAAGUAAUUUGCUACUGCUACUACAGUUGAGUAUUUUUACUUUCCAAAUGGCAAGGUAUUGAACUUCAAAGAGAUCCUUAGAUUCAGGAAUACUCCCUCUAUUAUGUUACUUGUUUAAAGCUACAAUCUUUCAAACAGGAUUGAUCAAAAUAAGGGCUGAUGUCUUUGGUUUAGCUGCAUUGUGAGAUUUGCCCUACUAUAUUAAUUACAUGCCUGCAAAACUGUAUAUGCUAAUAUAAAACACAAUAGCUGAAGUCUUGUCCUGAUAACACUACUGGGAAACUUCAGGGUUGCCAGCAUUUUACGACAUGUCAAAUAAUAGAAGCUCUUCCCAAUGGACUUUAUUCCCUGAAGAUACAGAUGAGUCCAACAGCACACAGCUAAAUAGAGCAGUACAGGAAAACACAGUUUUCCAGGUACAUGGCUACACAUCACUUCAACCAGAGGAAGAAGAAGUGAGGAGGUUCACAGGAAGGUGGAUGAUGUUGUGUUUGAGGGAGUUCCUUGUUCUUAGGGUACAUAACCAUUGUUUUUCCUAAUUCUAAGCAUUUCUGGGGUUAGAUUCAACUCUUUUUUUCGCCAUUACUUUUCUGCCCCCUCUGCUGGGACAAGUCUAUAUGGAAUUGGGUAAAGAGUAUUUUGAAAUUAAACAAGUAUGUGGGUAAAGAGUAUUUUGAAAUUAAACAACUUGUUCUAUUAUACUAAAUUUGCAGCUCAGACAAGCAAAGCAAGAUUAAUACUGAAAAGAUGGCAAAUUGCAGCCAGGAUGUGAGAGUGAAUGAGGUGGAGAGUGGACAUGGCAGCAGGUUGUUGUAACUUUUGAUGUCAAAGCAAGGAAAACACAUGGCUACCUCCUGCCUUGUCUUGGCUGGUUCAAAACUAGUAAGAAGCUGUCCCUCUCGCCUAUGGACCGCUAUGACUUGCCACACUCCCCGGUGUUACCUCAGUGACAGUUCACUUCAGCCGUGCCUUUUGAUUUCUUGGGCAGCAGUUGUACAUCAUGGUUUCCUCUUCCUGUGUGGAUGAUGGGUGUGGUGAAAGGUCCACAGUGUUCUGCUCUUAAACAGGCUCCUUUUAACUAUCGCAAGGCUUCUCAGUUUGGGUGGGUUUUUUCCCCUCUGGAUUUCUUCACAUUUCUACAAAAACAAGACAGUGUGAUUUCUUUUAAAUGGAGCAGUGCCUUCAAGGAGGAAAAAAAAAAAAAAAAGGUGAGAAUUUCAAAAUAAUUCUAAGAUCUUCAAAGGGAUGGAAAGAGACUGUUCUGAGAGUCUACUUUUACUUUCAUAGUAGCAGAUUAGAUGUUAUCCUUUUAGUGACAUCAGUAAAUAUUUAGUGCUGGAGGUUUCUCAGGGAGUUUAUAAGUCUGCCAGGCCUUAGGCACAAAUCCCAUACUCCCAUUGCUCUUCCGUAAAGCACCAUUCUGUCUUUUUCUUCAGCUCCCCUUGUCAAAAGGUGAACCGUUACAAAGAGUUCUGGCACAGAGAAUAAAUCUCCAGUCUGAGGAUGGCAAAUCAUCUUUUUAGAGAUGUGUGUGGCGGUAGCAAAGCUUUCAGUGCUAGACCUUAAACAAAGAGAAGUCAUCUUGCAGUCUGAAUUGCUAGCGUGAAUUUCAUUUUAAAUCAGGUUUCAUUGUAUUGGGCAACACUAUAACUAAAAAUCCUUUUAUUGUAUUUCUGCCUCUUUCUUGUGUCACACAAAUGUAGUUUGCAUUUUAAAAAUGUAAUAAAUCAUAGAAAGCAGAGAUGGGUAGAAAAAAAAAAAGCCUAAUAAGUUGUUUUAUCCAUUUCCUCUGCCCCUGUAGAGAUGAAUGCUUUGUCUAGCCUGGUUUUAAAUAUCUCAAGAGAUGAGACCCUGACCUCUUCCCAUGAGGGACUUUUCAGUCAUUUAAUAGGCAUCUUUGUUAGGAAAUGUUUUCUUCAUACUCAUCCCUUUUUUUUUUUUUCUUUUGCACCAUGUAAUCCUUUUAUUCUGUGCCCACUGUUUUAACUUUUAUGAAAUCUGGGAAAUGUAUCAUUUAUCCAUUUCAUACUUUAGCUGAAUAAUUCAUAAUCCUUGUUGUUCAAGUAAUGCAAGAGAUAAGCAACCAGUUGCUGAACAGCUAAUACUUCACUGAGAUGGUAUGUCGUGUACCAGUAGACAUAUUUCCUGGCGAGUCCUGGCUGUCAUGUCUUUUCUACAUUAGGGAGUGAAAAGCGUCAAGUGAAACUGAAGAAAUACAUCUUCCCAAGCGCGUAUGUGGCAAUACUACUGAAAUUUCACGAGGUGCUGAGGCAAACAGCCUACGUCUUUAGAUAGAGCCUUUCUUUCUAAAAGUGGAUGAUUUUAAUAAAAGUAUGCUUUUAAAAAGUGAUUAAACAUCCUCUUCAGAGGCAAACCUCUUUGCUUGUUGGGAGACAAGGCUGGAUUGAUUGCCGCUCGCUGCAGUGCUGUUUUUGCUGACAGCUUAUCUCAGAAGAAAAAAAUGAAUCGAGUGUUAAGGAGAAGAGUUUGAAAAAAUGCUUUUGCAACUGUGUCAUUGGAAUCAGAUCUGCGUAUGAAAAAGUGAUUCAUAUCUUGACAACAGAAACAGUGCAUUGCCAAUUUAAUUACAACAUAUUAGAUAAUCUUUUAUCUAUCUCAAAUGACAAGAAGGAGCAGUGUGACUAAGGAAACCCUGGGUGGACAGAUGGAGUUCAUAUCAUUUCACAUUUAAAAGAUGCUUAGUUAAAAAAGUGGUACUGUGCUUUUUAAGAGAAUGCUGAGCCUGGGUCAGGUGGCUGGUCUCCUGGUUCAAGAAGGGUCUCUUUAACAGUGAGUAGUGGUGGAUGCAUGUAAAAAUACAUAUGAACAGCCCACGCAAACCUCCUCAUUUACAGCAAUCAGCAGUUUGGAGAUCUCUUGAGAUGGGGGUUUGAUUCUUGUUCGUGGAUUUCUGUGAAUUGCUUUAAAUGUUGUUUUGAACCCAUUUAUAGUCUUAACAUCCAUAAAGUACCACAGCAGCAAGUUCCAUAAUUGAAUUACAUCCUUUGUAGAAAAGAUUUGCUUUGUCUUGAAAACUCCUAAGAUAUUAGCUACAUGUCCCUUACUAUUUCUGAUAGGAAAAACAGUUCUGACGUGUGAUUGCAAAUUGUUUCCUCCGCACCUCUCAGAACUUCAUCUUUCUCUACCAAUUUAAUGUUAUUUUUUUCUCUCUGUACUUCUCUCUGGCUGUCUUUUUUCCAAGCUGUAGUUCCUUGUCAAUUUGACCUCUUCUUAGCAGCCUUUCCGUGCUUGACACCAUCCAUUGCACAUGCCUAAACUUUUUCUACUGCUACUUCUUUUUGGCUUUGAGGUGGGACAAAGCACUCAGAAAUAGGUUCUAAUUAGUGUCAUUUGUUAAUAUGUUGCGUGACCAUGUAAGACAUCUGUACUCACAUAGCCAUUGAAAUCACUUUGUCUUUGAUAUAAUUCCUGACAGGGCAUCUGAGGUGUUACACCUGACUGUUGUUAGUUUGUAUAUCAUGCAUUAUACGGAGGGCAAAAUCAUGUGCGUUGAUAAACUUGCUAGUGUUUAUCCCAUGCAUUCUAGUCUGUCUGUUUAAAAAGCCCAGUUCACAUGGAUACAGGAAACAGUAGAUUCCAGGAGAAUAUUUAGUUUAGUCUUGCUGUAGACUGUAUAAUAACUGUUUAAGAGCUCUAUUAAACACAUGGCCUGACAUCGCUGGACUGAGCAGCUACUCCUCAGCUACUCUUACAGCAAAAUGCCUUCUCUCCCUGCCACAGUGCUGCACCUACCUCACCCACUUGCUGCAGCCAUCCCAAACUACAGCCUAGAGCUUUUCAUUGUAAGAAUACUUUUUUUAAAGAAAAAAAAAUCUUUUAUUUAAUCUUUUAUUUCCUCAAGGCUUGUGGCCUUUUUCAUGUUCUCCUUUGUUCACUCCAAGAAGGGGAGGUGCUGGCAGAUAAAAAUAAUAAUAAUAAUCAUGCUGUUUAGAGGGUAAGUCCUUUACAUUUAGUUCUUCAUGUUGCCAGUUAAGGCAAAAUUUAGGGUCUCUGACUUAAGCUCCCAGGGGUAUAAUCAAGGGGCUCAGCACCUUGCUGUCCUGGGCUCUGGGGAAGGCUCCUCACAGCCUCUGGAGGAUUUUUUUCAUACUGAUGCUCUUUACAUCAAUGUUCCAUCUUUUUUCUUACUUUUAUUUGGAAGAACAAAGUGACUGUAAAAAACCACUAUUAUUCUAUUAAGACCAGAUAGGGCUUAUUUUCUCUCAGCAAAUAAUAAAAUUCUGAGGACAAAACUCAGGAAUUUUGUGGCGCUUCCAGAGUCAGCUGCAAAUCUCUGACUUUUUUGUUGGUUUUGGUAAUGAAACAUGCUAAAUAAAACCAUGUCAGUGAGGCUGUAUAUACCAUGCAGGUAGUUAAUGAAACUUCCCAAGUAAGUUCUGAAAGGGACAGGAGGGAAGAGGUUUAAUCACACAAUAGGAUGUGAGUGAAGAGGAUAAACAACUGGAUGUAACUUGACAAGAGAUUCUAGACAUAAUGCACAAAGACAGGUAGAAUGUGAAAAAUAUGUGUGCAAGCUCCAGUGAAUUAUGGACACAUUGCAUGGUGUAAUUCUUGAUCCAAUGAACUAAAAAAAACUAGAGAUUUAAGCAUAAAUUGCUUUUAUAUGGUUUGUCUCUGAAAAUCCACAGGGUUUGAACUCCAGAUCAGCUUGAGGCUUGCCAAAUGUGAUGUGAGUUUUAUGAGAGGAAUUUGACUGCUGUAACUCUGCCUUCUAUAAUUGUCUUUUUUAGUUUUUUUUUUAGUUUUAUAAAGACAAGUCAUAGGGUGGGGACUUCUAUUUGUUUUUUUUUUAUUUCAGGAGUGGAAUGAUUAAAUACAAUGUCAUCAUGAAGAUACGGAAACUAUAACAUGGUAGCAAAUGGCAAAAGCAUAACUAUUCCUACCCGAAAUAAGGAAGUACUGAUGUAAAAGCAAUUGUUUCACUCAAUAAAAUUUAAUUUUUCAGUAAA